AGUACUUCAUAACCGAACGUCCGGUGGCGCGUACCAUCGAUUAGAUGAACGGUGGGAAAAAAUAUUUAUUAGGGUACCUUAAAAUAGUAUUCACGUUUAUUGCGAUUUCUCAUGCUGGGUUAGGGUCACUAGUGGAGCAUGCCCCUGUCCACUCAGUCUGACCAGGGUGAUGGGCAGUACGUCCUGGUCGCAAGUUUGGACAAUGUCAGGAACCUUUCCAACAUCUUAAAAGCCAUCGCCUUUAAGGAUCAUGCCCUAUUUAACGCUACACCCAACGGGUUAAAGGUCACAGUGGAAGAUUCCAAAUGUUUGCAAGCCAACGCUUUCAUACAGUCAGAAAUUUUCCAAGAAUUCACCAUCCAGGAAGACUCAGUGAGUUUCCAGGUUAAUCUGACAGUGCUUCUGGACUGUCUAACCAUAUUUGGAGGAAGUACUGUACCAGGAGUCACGACUGCCCUGAGGCUGUGCUACAAUGGCUAUGGCUACCCAUUGAAGCUGUUUCUUGAAGAGGGUGGUGUAGUUACUGUAUGUAAAAUCAACACACAGGAGCCCGAGGAACCAAUAGAUUUUGAGUUCUGCAGCACUAAUGUCACCAACAAGGUGAUCUUGCAGUCUGACAGCCUGAGAGAGGCCUUUUCUGAGUUGGACAUGACAAGUGAAGUUCUCCAGAUCACCAUGUCUCCUAGUCAACCCUACUUCAGACUUUCUACGUUUGGAAAUUCAGGAAAUGCUCACUAUGACUAUCCGAAGGACUCUGACAUGAUGGAGCUCUUUCAGUGCACAAAGACUCAGACAAACAGAUAUAAAAUGUCUCUCUUGAAACCCUCAACGAAGGCAUUGGCUCUGUCCUGCAAAGUAUCAGUACGGACAGAUAGCCAAGGAUUCCUGUCUCUGCAGUACUUGGUGAGAAAUGAUGAUGGACAGAUCUGCUUUGUGGAGUAUUAUUGCUGCCCAGAUGAAGAUGUUGAAGAAGAAUAAUCAUUCGGUAAAGAAUAGUUUGUCCUAAUAAUGAACAGAUACAUUUUUUCUUCUUGCAUAAUAUUGCACAUAGGAUUUAUAUUGAAAUAUAACAAAAAUUUAAAGGUUAUAUGUGUUAGAUGAGGUCGUGCUAUUUUUAUGUCCUUGGAAAUGUGUACGGACUUUCCAGAACAGCUAUACGCUGCAUUUCACUGCAAUGUAUAUGUUUGUUGUAUUCUGAAGUGUUUUUUAAUAAAAUCCAGAAAACAUAAA